AUGGCACGCACGCUGGGCUCGGAGGAACUACCGCACGUGAAGGAGCGUCUCGCCGAGCUCAUGACCUACACGGAGGUCAUGAAGGCUUCCCUGCGUGCCGCCGAGACGGAUGCGCGGCGCGACCAGUGGGGGGUGAUGUGUCCCGACGAACUGCCGCUGGAAGCCAUCCGCACGCUGUUUAUGAGCGUCUAUCCCCGCAUGGUGGAGAUUUUGCAACUCCUGGGAUCGAGCAGUUUCAUGGCCCUGCCUUCCGAGGCCGACUUCGAGACCCCGUUGGCGGCGGAGAUCGAGCGAUAUCUGGCCACGGACACGGCCACCGCUCGCGAGCGGGUUCAACUGUUCCACCUGGCGUGGGACGUGGCCUGCAGCGCCUUUGGCGGCCGACAGGUACUCUACGAGCGUUUCUUUGCCGGCGACCCGCUGGCCCGCGCCGGUUUCCUGUACAGUCUGUAUCCCAAAGAGCCAUUGAUGGAGCGUGUCCGAGAGUUUCUCGGUAAGGACAAUUAA